AUGAUUAAAACUUGGUGUUUGUCAGCUGUUUUUCGGUAACGAAAAACGCCUUGUUUUUGUUUAAGUAAAAAUAACAACAUAUUAAUACAUUCGUACAAAUGUUCCAAUAUCUUCAAAGCAGGCGUGUAAAUAUUCAAUUGCUGCAGGAGUCAGCAUGCAAAGAGAUUGUAAAUCUCUUAGAGCAGAUUGAUGGAUCCAAACUUCUCUUAUUAGAUGAAGACAUUCUGGGACCUAUUGGGUUGAUUGCUUCUCCUUCGCUUUUUUCGGAACGGAAUAUUAAGCUUCUCAAAUUAAAAUUAGAUGCACAAAUACCUCGGGAUGCAUCUAACAUCAUAUAUAUUGUGCGAACACAUGUCCGAAUUAUGGACAUAAUUGCUGAACAUGUUAAAAAGAAUCUGGAUAAAAACAGACAGUUUCACAUAUUUUUUGUACCAAGGCGGUCAUGCUUAUGCAUCAAACAUUUAGAGAACUUGAAAGUGUAUCAACACUUUACACAAGUAAAAGAAUUAGAAUGGAACUUCUUUCCUUUGGACGUGGAUACUGUAUCUAUGGAAUUACCUUUUGCUUUUCGUGAUGUAGCAGUUGAUGGUGAUCCAACAGUGUUGUACCAAGCAGCUGUAGGUUUAGUGCAGUUACAACGGCUCUAUGGACAAAUACCUAAAAUCUAUGGAAAGGGUAUUCAUUCGCAAAGAAUAUGGGAGCAUGCAAAACAAUUAGGUGCCGAAGAAAAAAUGUUGAAUGGGGACAAAGGCUUGAUAGAUCAAAUUAUUUUGCUUGAUCGUUCAAUAGAUAUUUUAAGUGCUGUGGCAACACAGCUCACAUAUGAAGGAUUAAUUGAUGAAUUUUUCGGCAUAAAAAAUAAUCAACUUGUCCUGCCAGCAGAACUUUUCUCUUCAAGUGCAGAAGAGCAAAACACAACUCAAACGCAGUUUGUCUCUGGCAAGAAGACAUUCUUUAUGAAUUCUGGUGAAAAAUUAUUUGCUGAAUUAAGAAGCAAAAACUUCAAUGAAGUUGGAAAAAUUUUAGCCCGCAAUGCUCGUGAGAUUAGUGCGCAAAUGAACACAAAUGCACAGGAUACCUCGGUGCAGGAUAUGAAACGCUUUGUAGACAAAUUACCAGCAUUGUUAGCACAUAAACAAUCAGUGGCAGUUCAUACAACAAUCGCAGAAAUUAUUCGCAAAAAAGUAGAUACAUUUGAGUUCUCCGAUGAUCUGGCAGCCGAACAAGAGUUUAUGAUGUGCGAGGACACAGACAAGGCCAGUGCCUAUAUUGAAGAUAUGAUUGCGAAAAAGAGUGACCUUGAAAAUGUUUUACGACUAAUGUCCAUACAAUGUUCGGCGGCUUCGGGAUUUAAAGAAAAGGUUUUGAAUUAUUACAAACGUGAGUUAGUUCAGGUGUACGGUUUAAAUGUUCUGCUUAAAAUAAGUAAUUUGGAAAAAGCUGGUCUUUUGUACACUCAAUCAGAAUCCCGUGCUUAUGCGGUAUUACGCAAGACUCUUAAUUUAACAGUGGAAGAUGUCGUUGAAAUAGAGCCAAAGGAUAUUAGUUAUGUGCAUAGUUUUUAUGCACCACUAACUGCUCGCAUCGUUGAACAGACUUUGAAACCUCUAGGAUGGCAGACGUUGAAGAGUCAAAUCAAUAAUUUACCAGGUCCAACAUUUGAAGAUUUCCAAGCUCAGUUAAUAGGCAUAAGCGGUCGUCACAACUCAUCUACUCCUAUAGAUGGUUCCGCUCUGAACAUUCCACGUAUUAUUUUGGUGUUCUUUGUGGGCGGUUGUACCUUUGCGGAAAUCGCAGCCCUAAGGUUUCUAUCACAACAAGAGGAUAAUAAUGUUGAAUUUAUUAUAGCAACCACAAAAAUUAUUAAUAAGCAUAGUUUUAUGAAAGAUUUAAUAUCAUAAUCAAACAAACGUGCAUUGCUAAAGUAUAUUACGAAUAUAAAACACAAAGAACUAUAUAUUGUAAAUUAAAAUAAAAUAUAUUCCAAAUAAGA